UUAUUUGUGGUCAUUUAUAUGCAGCCUGGAUACCUUCGUAACUUGUUACCGAAUUCUGCACCUAAUCAACCAGACUCGUUUCAGCAUGUUCUUGAUGACAUUCAGGCAAAGAUAUUGCCAGGGGUUACUCACUGGCAGAGCCCAAAUUAUUUUGCAUACUAUCCUUCCAAUAGCAGCGUUGCUGGAUUUUUGGGAGAAAUGCUUAGUGCUGGUAUCAAUAUUGUUGGUUUCAGUUGGAUUACAUCUCCUGCUGCAACUGAGCUCGAAAUGAUUGUUUUGGAUUGGCUUGCUAAGAUGCUUAAGCUACCUGAAGAUUUCCUUUCAGCAGGACAAGGUGGCGGAGUGAUUCAGGGCACGGCAAGUGAAGAUGUUCUAGUUGUAUUAUUGGCUGCCCGUGACAAUGUUUUGAGGAGGGCUGGAAAAGAUGCACUUGAAAAGCUUGUAGUUUAUGCAUCCGAUCAAACACAUUCUGCCUUGCAAAAAGCCUGCCAGAUAGCAGGAAUCCAUCCUGAGAAUUGUAGGCUGCUAAAGGCAAACUCUUCUACCAACUAUGAACUUUCACCAGAGUUGCUGAGUGAAACAAUUUCACAUGACCUUACCAUUGGCUUGAUUCCAUUCUUUUUAUGUGCCACUGUUGGCACAACUUCUUCAACUGCAGUUGAUCCUUUGCUUUCAAUAGGAAAGAUUGCAAAGAGUAAUGGAAUGUGGUUCCAUGUCGAUGCUGCAUAUGCUGGAAGUGCUUGUGUAUGCCCGGAAUUCCGUCAUUACAUGGAUGGUGUUGAAGAGGCUGAUUCAUUCAACAUGAAUGCACAUAAGUGGUUUCUAACUAAUUUUGAUUGUUCAGCACUUUGGGUAAAGGAUAGAAGUGCUUUGGUCCAGGCCCUCUCUACAAAUCCAGAGUAUCUAAAGAAUAAGGCCUCGCAAGCAAACAUGGUCGUAGAUUACAAAGAUUGGCAAGUUCCUCUUGGACGUCGGUUUAGAUCACUGAAACUAAGGAUGGUAUUACGAUUGUAUGGCUUGGAAAACCUGCAGUUCUAUAUAAGAAAUCAUAUCCAGUUGGCCAAACAUUUUGAGAACCUGGUUGUUCAAGAUCCAAGAUUUGAGGUCGUCGUCCCUCGGAUAUUUUCAUUAGUUUGUUUCCGUCUUCUGCCUCCUAAUGAUGAAGAUCAUGGCAACAAAUUGAACCAUGAACUUUUAGAUGCUGUAAACUCAACAGGGAAUGUCUUCAUAUCGCACACGGUUUUAUCAGGCAAAUACGUGCUAAGGUUUGCGGUUGGUGCUCCAUUGACUGAAGAGAAGCAUGUGAACGCAGCAUGUAAAGUUUUGCAAGACAAGGCCACUUCCUUACUAGGGGAAUCCUUCAUCUAA